AUGGCAUUGGUCAGCACAUUGGUCAUGGCAUUGGUCAGCAUCUUGGUCAGCACAUUGGUCAACACCUUGGUCAUGGCAUUGGUCAGCACCUUGGUCAGCACCUUGGUCAGCACAUUGGUCAGCACCUUGGUCAGCACUUUGGUCAGGUGCUUGGCCAACACCUUGGUCAGGUGCUUGGCCAACACCUUGGUCAACACGUAUGUCAACACUUUGGUCACCACUUUGGUCACCACGUUGGUCAACACUUUAGUUAACUAUUACACAAUCACAUACAAUGAUUAA